CUUUGUUUCUACUCGCGAUGGCCUCCACCCUAGUCGCGAUGGCCUGCAACCUAUGAGUCUGCCGUUUGUGGAGCCUUCUCACUUAGCUGCAGGAUUUUAUCAGAGCCUUGUGCUCAGUGAGGAAGAAAACGAGGAAGGAACUGUGGCCACAUGCUACAGCUUUGGUGCUCAGCGCAAUUCCCUACAAUGCAUCUUUACACCUUCAGAGGGACAGGCCCAAGAAUUGGAAGCUCCAGGUUCGUCUGGAAAAGGUUCAGGUUAUCAAGCUGAGCCGUUUGUAUUGGAACAGUUUAAAGAUAUGAACAUCGUUCAAGUGAGUUGCGGUGGCAAUCACAGUUGUGUGUUGGAAAAACGUCCCGGUGAAGACGGUGGCGACGUGUGGAUUUGGGGCCUUGGGAAUGGUGGCCGUCUUGGUCUUGAACGUCCCAAAAGCAAAAGCGAACUUCAAGAGAUUCUUCAAAACCAAACGACGAAGUCGUCUUCAAACGUCAACGACAUGGCCGAGUUCUUGAGCAACAAGAGCUUCGUUCAAUCCUUGACGCGGAACGCGUCGAGCAAGAAAUGGAGUUUGCAUAAGGCAGUCAAGGUGAAGUUUGGGGCCAAAAUCGCAUCCAUCAGCUGUGGAACAGACUACACGUUGGCCUUAAGCGAAGAUGGGCGAAUCUAUGCCUGGGGAAUCGGCAGCUAUGGGAAUCUGGGUACGGGAAAGAUUUGUGAUCAGUGGAGCCCCGCUUUGGUGCAGAUGCCGCAAGACCAGCUUUGUUGUCAAGUUGCAGCUGGCACCAAGCACUCGAUGGCCUUGAGCACACAAGGUUAAGACGUUAAGAAAGGCUGUGAGAGAAAGGCCUAACGCAGAUUCUCGUAGAAUGAGACAGGGGACAAUCUGAGACUAGGACUCCAGAAAGGCAAAGAACCAUCACGUGUCCACAUGUGUCAUCCCUGACGUAAACAUGACGUGUAUAUUUUUGUUUCAGCAAAUAUACAUCUCUCUUUUCACGCCCCUUCACUGCAAUUCCUAUUAGGUUAGUAGCAAGAAGCUGUUAGGUUGGAGGCCAUCGCUAGUAGGGUGGAGGCCAUCGCUACUAGUAACAAGGGCAUUACUAGUAGCAAGAAGCUACGAACGGAGCGAAAGGCAUCGCUACUAGGGACUGGGACUCCUGGCCUUACUACGCACGUAGCAAUGCGCUGCGCACCCCUGUAGGUGAAAUGUUUUCGUGGGGUCAUGGUGGCCAUGGACGUUUAGGCCACGGUGUCGGUUGCGAAGCGGCCUUAUGUCCAACCAAGAUUGUGCCGUCGUCGGGCACAGCGCUGCGCUUUCGCUUCGUGGCCGUCGGGGAAGCCCAUUCAGCUGCCAUUGACUCCUUGGGGCAAGUGUGGUGCUGGGGAGCUGGAUCGUUUGGACGUUGUGGCCAUGGAGAAGAAGCAGACUUUUUGAGUCCCAAGAUCGUGACGCAAAUGAUUGGGAAGAGUUGCAGUUCGAUCGCCUUAGGUGUUUGUCAUUCCUUGGCGUUAACUCUUCGUGGACGUAUUUGGAGUUGGGGAGGCUUUCUGUACACUGGCCAUGGAGAAAAUGAUGAUAUCGAAAGCGCUCGGGAGUUGGAUGAUGAUGAAUUAAAAAAUGCGUUUAUCGUUGAAAUUGCAGCAGGUCGAUUUCAUUCCCUGGCUUUGAGCUCUUCAGGUGACCUUUUUUCUUGGGGCUCUGGAAGUCUGGGACGUUUGGGUCUUGGCAAUUCGUUGGCCAGUGACCUGAAAACCAGCGAUCAGCCAACACCUAUACAGAUCUAUCGAAAUGGGCAGCCCCUUCUGGGUGGCAGCUCCAAGACCAAAGGGCCAAAAGACAGCCGCCUCUCAGAGCAUGGAGAUUUGUACAGCCAGCUGCAGAUUGCAUGCGGAGGUAUGCAUUCAGCUACCGUUGAGAAGGAUUCGUGCUGGCUUUGGGGUCAUGGCGAGUAUGGUCAGAAUGGCAACAACGUUGGGGAUCUGUGGAAGCCAACGUUGUUGAGUGCCAUUGAUCCCAUUUCGAGAUUAAAAAUCAAAGUGCACACGGUCGCUUUGGGCAUGGAACAUUGUUUGAUGAUUUCAACAAAUUGGGAGCUUUACAGCUGGGGAAGGAAUCAUCGUGGUCAGCUUGGCCUUGGCACCACCAGCGAUACGUCGGAGCCGACCUUCGUGGCGGCGUUGCCCAAAACGGUCUCCGUCGCCUGUGGUGAAGACCAUUCGGCCGGAAUUACUCCCGGAGGCGAGGUUUUCACCUGGGGCAAUGCUGAGAGUGGAAAGCUUGGUCAUGGCUCCAGCAUGAUCCGAAGCGCUAUGAGUUUCCCCAAGCAGAUCAAUAUGGAAGCGAGAGUGAGGACAGUUCGCACUGGCCAAAACCAUACAGCUCUGAUUGGCAACAAUGGAGAACUUCUCACAUUUGGCGCAGGCUGGUUCGGACGGCUGGGCCACGGUGAUAUGCACAACCAGUAUACGCCGAAGCUUGUGGAGCAUGUCUUAACUGAUUUAAGUGCUGCCUUGAAGGAAUCCCCACGUUUUCUUGAGGUCACUUGUGGAUCGUUUCACACUUGUGCCGUUUGUGAAGACCAACGUCACUUGUGGGUCUUCGGACGGGACUACCUUGUUUCUGAAGCAGACCACAUCACAUCUCCGCUGCUCUUCCGCCAGCUUGGACCCGAUGAGGAAGUGGUCACCGUGGCAACUGGCGCAAACCACACGUUGUGUGUCACUCGAAAGGGGCAAAUGAAAAAGUUAUGGGGCUGGGGAGACAACAGCAAAGGUCAACUGGGCCUGGGCUUGGGUGCCCCAGAGCAGGUUCCACCGACGCUGAUCCAUUGCAAAGGAUGGGGCACGCCGGGCGUCGGAUCCAGAAGCCGAUCCGAAGCCGAAGGAACUCAGAGCGACACUCGCGAGACUCGCGCUCCAUCACUGAUGGGUAUCUCUUGUGGAUAUGCCCAUUCAAUGGCCGUGACGGAUGCUGGCGAAGUUUGGGCCUGGGGUCUACAAAGUGGUGGACGCUUGGCUCUAAAGACUCCCUUCGAGGGCAAGACCUGCCCGAUCCCACAACGAGUUCAUCCUUCCUGGAAGGAAAGGCCACCUGCAAGCAGCGUCAGUUGAAAAAGACGUUUGAGGAGCCCUGCUUGUAAACUUGAACAUACGAGCUCAUGACUCAUGACCGAAACGAACACAAGACCUGCAGAAAAGAAGGAUUUGUUCAGCACUAGCCUUAAUCGA